AUGAGGAUCAAUACGGAUGCAGCAAUUUCAGCUCAAAUGGUUAGAACAAGAUUGGGGAUUAUCGCGAGGAAUUGGUGUGGGGAGAUAGUGAAAGUUAAGGGAAUCACUGAGAGGAGAAGAGGGGAAGCAGCCACUGAGGAAACACUAGCAAUCAGAGGUGCGCUGGAAAUGGCUCAAGGUGCAGGAUGGACAAACAUUGAAGUCCAAUCUGACUGCAAAAAUGUUGUGAGGCUUAUCAAUACGGACAAUGUUCAGGAUUGCACACUACAAACAAUCCUGGAAGACAUUGAUAUCCUGAAGAAGAGCAUUGACAGUUGCAAUUUCUCUUUUGUGCCCAGAACUACUAAUGGUUGCAGCCAUGUAAUGGCUCAAUUGGCAGUCAAGUCAAUUAGAAAUAUUGAGUGGGAAGGUUCAUUCCCAACAUAG